AUGCCCCAUCUCCUUGCACGGGUUGCCGGCUACAUUGAGUACCACCAAACCCAUCAGGCUGGAUUUGAUGAUGAGCCUCGUAUUUAUCCCAUCGAAGGAACGGUCAUGGACGACCCCAUGCGCGAUGACAGAUCCGAAGACAAUGAAUUGGUAGAGUACCAAUCUGACGAUGAAUCUGACAAUGAAGACCCCCUGAAGAGCCUUCAACAUCUCACAGCAUACUGGAAACCUCGCAAUGGCGACCUUAGCAUUCUUCUUCCAAUGUACGCACAAGAGAUCACUCGAUUGACGGGUACAGAUAUCUUUGCCGACGAGGCAGAGAAAAGAUAUCGUCUGUUCCAAGGUGAUUUCAACCUCGCUCGUGAGAAACUCUUAAGACUAGAGCCAUUACUGGAAACUUUCAAGAAGCAACGACCCAAUGAAUCGCUCGAGUCCACAGGCAAUCUCCUCGUCUGGCCUGCGCAACAGAAGGAUGCGAAAAUGCAGUUUGUUCACAUUGUCAAUGGUCAUCCUGCAUACCACCGCAUCAUAGUCAACAAGAGCGGGCAGACACUCUUUAGGAAAGUGAUUGGAGAAAUUCGCCUUUGUACCCCUUCAUUCGAGUACGAGGUUCCAGCCAAUCUCUAUCAUGACGGUAUUUCCCCCACCACCCAGCUGGAAGCUUCUCGCGUCUGGGACGGCUUUGUGUUUCAGAGCUUUGGCGAUCCAAGCAACAUGGAGCCCAUCAUCUCCUCCAAGCCUCCCUCCGCCACCAACAGCGAUAGACAUACAGUCCAGGACCCGGAUGAAGAGCGAAUCGCUGCGUGGACGAAUAAAGUUGUCAGUGGUGCAGAUCCCGACAUCGCCCCCGAAGUCCCGGUUGAGCCUGCACCGCCCACUCGUCGAAGAGUUCUUCUCGAUUCCGACAGCGAAGAUGAUGAGCCCUCUGACCAAGUGCCCCAAUCGCAGCACGUUGGACUACAAGCCACAAAAGCUCCUUCAGGUCUGACGAUGCCUCGGAGUGCCAGUCCCGAGCCGUCGUCAGAUUUGGUGUCUUUGCUGUCCACUCCUUCCCGGUCCGUGUCAAAGCAAGCUAUUGAGAAUAUGGCUUCUUGUGGUCAAAUGGACGAAGACCUAACCACAGCCCAGACGGCUCCUCCCGGGUUGGGAAUGCCGCUGAGUGCAGGUCGCGAGCAACAGUCGGAUUUGUUGUCCCUACUAUCAUCUCCUCCCCGACCGACGACAGGACAAGUUGCUAGGAGCAUUUGGGAAGGAGUACCAGUGAAAGAAGCCAUAGGAGAGGCCAGCGCAAAACAUGACGGCACUAGUGUGUUGGAUAUGUUUCCGGGAAGUUUGCAAACUCCGCUCUCGUCUACGGGCGGUGCAAACCCCCAGGAUCGAGAAUCUUUCCCAGAUGUCUUUCACAUCUCGAAACCGACUCUCAAAGACCAGAAUAUAGAGACCUUGUCAGAUGAGAAGCGCGCUAAGCCACAGUCGAACGCCACAGACAUGCAAGCAUCCGCAUCUCUAGUAUCUGCGACUGCAGAUCUCAAGCUAGACAAGCCCUUACAGUCUUCCACACCGGCACCCCUUCUAUCAACUCCGACAACUCCUCCUGGACCAGCCACAGCAGAAGCUACUUCGCCACGUCCAGCAUUCGACCCAAAGGCCUACGGCGGACCAUCGCCGAGACUUCGACGUGGACACAAUGUACAACCUGGAUACAAUCCUCGUUUUCCAGUGUAUUCUCGUGGUGGUCGGGGACAGGGCAAUAGCCUUUCACGGGGCCAACAGCUGGUUCCACGAGGAUCCAGCCUGCAGCGAGGUGGCAACUACCGCGGCUCUCCAGCCAGCAGGGGCCCAGCAGCAGGUCGUGGCGGUCUCGGCGGUCUAACACAGACUCGCCAGACAGACCUGGUUGAUACCAGCGCGCCGUCGAGUAAUGCUGCUCCCAGAAUACCACCUGGUUUCGAAUCUUAUGUCCCGCUGGUGCCUACACAGACUCCGCAGCGAAGUCAAACCCAGACACCCACCACCACACCAAAUAUCAUGGAUGAGCCUGUACGACCAGCUGAACCAACCCAUCGUGCGCAAGGAAGCGAAAGUCGCUCUGGUACCCGCACUUCUGGAGAGUCUCGUAUUCGAUUCAGCAACGAGGGCGCGGACUAUCAAAAUACCCAUGUUCCAAAGUUCAAUUCCUCCUUCUUGCGAGAAAGUAGUCUACGAGCAGCCUUAGAAGCUGUUGAGGCUAGAAAGAAGGCACAACGUCAGGGAUCGGAGAACAAGAAAGCUGCAGAUGACGAAAAGCCAGCGUUCCACUCCACUAUGCUUCAACAAGGCAAAAAUCCCGGUAGGAAGCCAGUCAAGCAGGAGACCAAAGCAGAGGCGGCUGCACGACGAGCAGAAGCACUGUUGGAUGCACACGGACCAGUACCCGUCAAGGUACCACCGAAGCCCCAGAGCUCAAAUGCGUCGUCCGAAUCUAUGAGUGCGUGGAAGAAGCGGCAAAUUCGGAAGAACGCGCCCAUCGCGGAUGGCCACUCGGAUAUUGUUCAAGACGUCGCUCGGAAACAACAAUGCGCCAAGUUAAUUCCCCAGCUGGAACCUCUGUUUGAAACUUGCAGAGCUUUCAAUGGCAGAGUGAGCUUCGAGCUUUCUUUUGGUCAGGUCCUGAUUGUCCCGGGUACUCGUAUAUCGGAUCAACAGUACCACAACGUAAAUGAUUGGGAUGCUCUAUUCGGCCCAAAGCCAACAGUCUCUCCGUGUCCCUCCACGUUCACGAAGAUAUUGACAACAAACGGCGCCGACGUUGAUCGUGCUCUUGAGCUGAAAGGCCCGACUGCAGAUGUCAACGUCAAGUUGUGGACUACGAAUCCGGCCGAGCAAUCCGUCAGCUACGAGUUUUCGUGUCAAAGUCGGUCGAACGAGGAUUUUUUGAUUCUAGUUGACGAGUCUGGAAAACAUGAACUACGAAAGGGCCUGGUCACGGUCGGGAUGAUCAAUAUGCACGUUCCAGCUCAAAUUUGGGAUGCCAGUGCCAUUAUUUCGGGUCACUUGAAAUGGUUCGAACCUCCAGACACGCUCAAGAAGAGCGCUGCGACCUUCGUCAACUCACUCUAUGUUGUGCCGGCACGGGAGAAAUUGAUGAUCGUCUUUCGGCAGCCCAACGACCAUGAAGUGCAGGUUCGCAACCUGAUCGUCAAGCGUGUCAGCUACCACGCCUGCAAUCUGCCGGGUUAUGAGGACAUACAAUUGAAAGUGGUCGAGUCCAAGAGCCUCCUCUUCAAAGUCCACCCAUCGGACAAGAAACUCUGGCAAGGGUAUGAAGGGACGAAAGAAGAAUACGAAAAGCUCUCGACAGCCGGCCGUAUCCACUACGAAAUGUCACUUGUGCACACUGGCAUCAAUCAAGUUCUUGCACAGAAUGAAGAUCUGGAAAUUGGCGAGCUUACACCAACUGAAACGACUGGCAGAUCUCUUGUUGACCGGGCCGUUAUCAGUUCCAUGCUCGACAUUGCCGUACAUAUGCUAUCCAAGAUCGAUUUCAUCGGCAUGCAGAAUGUCGGCACGCAAGCCCGCCGUGACGCCGAAGAGGAGCAGCGGCGUAGGCAACUGCAGGAAUCGCUCGGCCCGAAGGGCAAAUCUAUCCUCCAGGCUCCUACACGUAUUGGUGUGGCUUCUGUCAGCAGAUUCCAUCCUGGCAGUCUGGUGAACAACCACUUGAGUACCGGAGCUGGAGGGGGUACUGGUGGGGGUGGGAGCAGCACCCAUAUCGCCCCAACCGUGAAACCUCCAGUACAUGGCGUGCGGAUGAAUACCAUCGCCGAGGUCUUUGAGGAUUCUGAUGGUAGAUACAUGCUUGGCAUGGGUGGUGCGAGGAUCCCGGUCGCAGGUGAACCACAACCAAGUUCCAGUACCGUGAUGCCAGACGACAGCGCCAGUCAAGUCGGUGGAAGACCGCCUGCCUUCUACACCACCUGGUCGACUGAUUCCCACCGAGGCGACGGGUUCUGGUGA